AAUUUUUUGAUGCCUUCUGGCUUCGAGAAUCUCAAGCUGCUAUGAUGAUAGCUUAAGAAGACUGCAUGCUGUUCCCUCUAGAUGCCAAGCCAGGCCCACUCACAACCUCGGAACUCAAUCCUUCAUGGAGACCAGGUCCCAGCAGGAAUGGCAGUGGAGGAAAUUGGCACCCAGAUGGUUUCUCUGCAUGAAGCUGUCUCAGGAUAUGGGCAGACACUAGAACUCAUGGUAGCCAAGCUUGCCCUCUGUCAGUCAUCCAGGGCAGGGCAGCAUGGUGUACAUUCGGAGGAGGAAGUUUUUGGCAUCUUGCCUGUAGUUGUUGAGUUGGGAAAAUUUGAAAGGAGGAAGUUUGAAAAUUCCAGUUUGCAAAAUGGACAUAAAAGUUUGGAGAAAGAGCCUAAAUAUCUCUAUUCAUUCCUUAAGAAAGACACAUUGACUCCAAAUGGGAAAAAAUCAUCUGAAACUGACAGUUACCCUAUUAUGCUGUGGUGGUCCCCGCUGACGGGGGAAACUGGAAGGCUAGGCCAAUGUGGGGCAGAUACUUGUUUCUUCACCAUUAACCGGACGUACUUGCACCACCACAUGACCAAAGCAUUCCUCUUCUAUGGUACUGACUUUAAUAUAGAUAGCUUACCUUUGCCUCGGAAGGCCCAUCAUGACUGGGCUCUUUUUCAUGAAGAGUCUCCGAAAAACAAUUAUAAGCUCUUUCACAAGCCAGUCAUCACCUUGUUCAACUAUACAGCUACUUUCAGCAGGCAUUCCCACUUGCCACUAACUACCCAGUACUUGGAGGGUAUAGAUGUCCUGAAGUCACUCCGAUACCUGGUUCCUUUGCAGUCUAAAAACAAUCUUAGACAAAGACUGGCUCCACUGGUGUACGUACAGUCAGACUGUGACCCACCAUCAGAUAGGGACAGCUAUGUUCGGGAACUGAUGACUUACAUCGAGGUUGAUUCCUAUGGUGAGUGUUUACGAAAUAAAGAUCUCCCCCAGCCACUGAAAAAUCCAGCCUCCAUGGAUACUGAUGGCUUUUAUAGGAUCAUUGCACAGUAUAAAUUUAUCCUUGCUUUUGAGAAUGCAGUUUGUGAUGACUACAUCACAGAGAAGUUCUGGAGACCACUGAAGCUGGGGGUAGUCCCUGUGUACUAUGGAUCCCCCAGUAUUGCAGACUGGCUACCAAGUAACAGAAGUGCUAUUCUUGUAUCACAAUUUUCUCAUCCCAGAGAUCUGGCAAGUUACAUCAGAGAACUGGAUUAUGAUGACAGAUUGUAUGAGGCCUACAUAGAAUGGAAACUGAAUGGCAAGAUCUCUAACCAGCAACUUCUCACAGCUCUCAGGGAAAGGCAGUGGGGAGUGCAAGACAUUAACCAAGACAAUUAUAUUGAUGUGUUUGAGUGCAUGGUGUGUAACAAGGUAUGGGAUAAUCUGAGGCUUCAGGAAAAGGGCUUACCACCCAGAAGAUGGAAGGCAGAAGUCACCCACCUGAGUUGUCCAGAGCCUACAGUGUUUGAUUUCUCUCCUCUGGCUCCACGUUGGAACUCUUUACGAGAUAUGUGGAUACCAAGCUUCCAGCAAUCCAAGAAAGAAGCCCAGGCACUAAGGUGGCUGGUUGAUAGGAAUCAAAACUUUUCAGCUCAUGAGUUUUGGGCCCUUGUAUUCAAGGACUAAUUUCAAAAAGUAUCAGAAUGACAUAGACUAAAGUCUUCUUGAGGUUUAUUUUCUAGGUUGCCUUAAUAUUUGAAUAUAAUAGUUAUUCUUUUAACUAUCCUUUAGGAUAAGAAUUAAUUGCUACAUUACUCAUAAUGAGCCCUAUCAGGUAAUAGGUAUAAAUGAUCUUUAGGGGUCAACUUUAUAUUUUUUUUUAAUACUAAAAACUAAAUAUUUCUUAUGGACAUUGAUCACCUUCAGUUUUUGUGUCUAGAUCUGUGUACCUGCUGCCUUUUGUGGAAGUUCAUCUAAUGUAAAGUUCACCUAAAGUACUUUCCUUGCUGCA